CGUUAAAUUGUGCUAACCUGUUAUUAGUUAGCUAGCUUUAGCGGUCAGCUAGCAGCGAUCGGUCGCAGCGGCGUCGGAAGAUGUUCGCUAGCGGACUAGAUUGCUUAAUCAACUAACUGACCCAAGUAAUCCGUGUGGAUUAUAACGUUAGUUAGAUAACAACGUCAAAAACAUAUAUUUUGAAAGGGACCAUGUUCACUAGCGAGGCAGCCAACGUUAUUUCUAACCUUUACUGGCUUAGUUUCGUGUUGGUGAAAAUAUUUCGGUCUUCCUUAUUCCUGAUGUCAUGUAGCUAACGGUAGUUAGCAUUGUUUCGAGGUUUUCAUUUAUUUACUUACUAACUAAACUACCCCGUUUGCGCCAGCUACAAACAACACAGACGUCAAGUUUUUUUUCUAUAGCGGAUGGCAUAAUCAUCAUUUUUGGUCAGCUGGAUCGUGGGGACUCAUAGACAGCGUUUAUCUCCAGCUUCUCUCCCUUCGACACCCGAUGGAGGGCUCCGACAGUUCCGAGCCGGGCGCCAGUGACCAACCAGAGGCCCAGCGCAGGCGGCAACGGGACCGGCUAGACCGGGAGGAGGCCUUCUACCAGUUUGUCAACAACCUGAGUGAGGCAGACUACCGGCUGAUGAGAGACAACAACCUGCUGGGUACCCCAGGUGAGAUCACAGCAGAGGAGUUGUUGAGUCGGCUGCAGCAGAUUAAGGAUGGACCAGAGCAGCAGCAGCCUAGCAUCAACACCAGUGAGACUGGAGAAGCUACAGGAGAACCAACAGAACCGGUGGAAGGUCCAGAGGACCCGUCUAAUGGCGACACCCUCUUGGAUUGGCUGAACACCGUCAGGCGGACAGGCAACACCACCCGCAGUGGUCACAGAGGCAACCAGUCAUGGCGGGCAGUGAGCCGGACCAACCCAAACAGCGGAGACUUCCGGUUCAGUCUGGAGAUCAACGUUAACCGUAACCUGGCCGAGCAGCAGGCCCGCGCCGAUGUGGAGACGGGCGAGGGGGAGGCUCAGGAGGAAGGCCCAGCAGAAGCACCUGGCGAUGGGGUGGAGGCAGUGGUCGGAGUGGAGGUCCAGGCAGGGACUGAGGCAGGGACUGAGGCAGGGACUGAGGCAGGGACUGAGGCAGGGACUGAGGCAGGGACUGAGGCAGGGACUGAGGCAGGGACUGAGGCAGGGACUGAGGCAGGGACUGAGGCAGGGACUGAGGCAGGGACUGAGGCAGGGACUGGGGCAGGGACUGGGGCAGGGACUGGGGUGCCCAUGGAGACAGGAGAGGUGCUCGAGGAACCAGUUGUGGAGGAGAUGGCUGUCAUAGUGGAGCCAGAAGCGGAGAUGGAGCCAGAGGCUGAAGUAGAAGCAGAGAUGGUCCCAGAAUUAGUAGUAGAGGUAGUCCCACAGCCGCCCAGCCCUGUCACCGCCACCCCUCCUGUCUCCAGACCAGCCAGUCCCCUGGUGCAGGCCACCCCGGCCCCCGCCCCCCCCAGCCCGCCCCCUGAGGAGCCUCCCCGACGGGGCCAGAGACGAGCCCGCAGCCGUAGCCCUGAGCAGCGCCGGACCAGGGCUCGCACCACACGGAGCCGUUCCCCUCUCACCCUGGACCGACUGGACGGCCUCCCCCGCCACGUGCCCAACGCCGCCCCUUCACACAGCCCCCCCACCCUGCCCCCCCAGGCCCCCGCAGAGGGAAGCUCACGGACUCGACAGCAUGUUCUGUCCCGGCAAAGCACUGCAGAGUACGAUGUCCAGUCAGCCGGAACAGGGUCUGGGAACGCCCCAGAGCCCGUUACCACCCCACCCCAGGAGGGAGAGGCCGCGGGCGCGGAGGGAGCAGCAGGACGACGUCCCCCCACUAUCAUGCUGGACCUGCAGGUGCGCCGUGUUCGUCCAGGUGAGUACCGCCAGAGGGACAGCAUUGCUAACAGAACCCGCUCACGCUCCCAGAACUCCAACAACACCUUCCUGUACGAGAGUGAGAGGGGGGGGUUCCGCAGGACCUUCUCCCGGUCCGAGCGUGCGGGUGUGAGGACGUACGUCAGCACCAUCAGGAUCCCCAUCAGGAGGAUCAGUGAUGCAGGGUUGGGAGAGGCCACCUCCAUGGCUCUGCAGACCAUGAUACGACAGAUCAUGACCGGCUUCGGAGAGCUCAGCUAUUUCAUGGACUCAGACUCUGACUCCUCGGACUCAAACCGUGGCGGUGGUAACCCCACUGGCGCUGCCGACCUAGCAGAGGCGCUCAACACUCCCGACGGGGGAGUAGCUGGUAUGGCGGAGGGGGCGGAGCCUCCUGUCUCAGUGGGUGGGCCUAGUGUAGGAGGAGCCGGGGAGGCAAGGACAGAGGAGGGGGAAGAGGGGGUUGGUGUAGGUCUGGCCCCAGGGAUAGGUUUAGGGGUGGGGGGCACCCCCAGGGAGGGGCGAGGUCGCCCCCGUGCCCCCAUCAGUCUGGAGGAACCAGGGUCACUACCCUUCCUCCGCCUUGCUCACUUCUUCCUCCUGAAUGAUGAGGAUGAGGAACAGCCCAGAGGACUCACCAAGGAGCAGAUCGACAACCUCUCCACCAGGAACUUUGGGGAGAGUGAUGCUCUGAAGACCUGCAGUGUGUGUAUCACAGAGUAUGCUGAGGGGAACAAGUUGAGGAAGUUGCCCUGUUCUCAUGAGUACCAUGUUCACUGUAUCGACCGCUGGCUGUCUGAGAACUCCACCUGUCCUAUUUGCCGCAGGGCCGUGUUGGUGUCUGCUAACCGGGAGAGUGUGGUCUAACCUGGAGAGCUGGAGGUCAGGGGUCAGCGGUGCUCCAGGCAGACAGCUCCAGUAUAUAACACCGUGUCAGUUCUGCAGGCCUUUCUCCUAGUCAGACCAUUUACAUUGUUCAUGUUUUCAUUCUUAAGACAUCACUGACUUUUAUCCAACUGACAUGCUGGUGUUUGGAGAGACGGAGACAGACGAGACGGAGACAGACAGGAAGGUGGUGUCCUCAUAGUGUAGUAAGAGACAUGAGAGAUGCCACUUACCUACUCUGAGAGGACCAACAGACCCCACUCUCCCUUACCUACUCUGAGAGGACCAACAAACCCCACUCUCCCUUACCUACUCUGAGAGGACCAACAGACCCCACUCUCCCUUACCUACUCUGAGAGGACCAACAGACCCCACUCUCCCUUACCUGUCUUACCCCAAAAGGGACUCCACUGUCCCCACCUGACCCUGCUCUCCACCUGAAAGACUUAACUGCAUUUAUCAAUACUCUGGAACGGCUCACAGACUGUCAGUGUGUCAAAGCUUGCUGAAUUAGUUUUUAAGUUAAAACUGUAGAAUGUUGUACAGGCUUUAAUGGGGAGAACAAGAUGUGACGGACUUGGAUUCCGUUGGGAAUUCUAUCAGUUUAUUUGGACUCGUAUUGCAUCAUAUUCAUGACAUCGGAAUCAAUAGUAGUGAUUAUUGAUUAUGAACUGUGUUGAACCGUCGUUGAGAAGGGAUGUAGGUGUCUGUUAACUGAUGCUAGUAUGUAGUCUAACUCUAGCCCAUCACAUGAAGCAUUUUCUAUUCCUGCCCUCUGACAGUGUUUCAUCAUGACAUCUCGGAGUUGUGAUCUAGCACCAGUCCAUCACUGUUAAUCUAGGAUCAGUGGCGGUCUAGGAUCAGUCCAUAUAAUCUUAUUCAUUAAACCUAAGUAGCCCAACUGAUCGUAGAUCAUCACUCCUAUUCUGGGACACUUUGUGGAUACGGGUCCUGAAGGAUAACGACAACCUCCUAGUGAUCCUGACCUUGUAAUGUCACCAUGACAACCUGUUGAUUCUGCUACAGUAUGACCAGGAAGUGAACAGAGGGCUACAUUAUGGCUCUGUCUCAAAUACCACCCUAUCUCUAUAUAGUGCACUACCCUUAGGACUCUGGUCAGAAGUACUGCUCUAUAUAGGGAAUAGUGACAUUUGGGAAUCACAUUUAUUAUGAGUUCCAAGUGUUGGUUAGACCCCGGCCAGGUUAGACCCCAGGCCAGGUUGGAGCCAGGCCAGGUUGGAGCCAGGCCAGGUUGGAGCCAGGCCAGGUUUGACCCCAGGCCAGGUUGGACCCCAGGCCAGGUUGGAGCCCAGGCCAGGUUGGAGCCAGGCCAGACCCCGGCCAGUUUAGACCCCAGGCCAGUUUAGACCCCAGGCCAGUUUAGACCCCAGGCCAGGUUGGAGCCAGGCCAGGUUGGAGCCAGGCCAGGUUAGACCCCAGGCCAGGUUAGACCCCAGGCCAGGUUAGACCCCAGGCCAGGUUGGAGCCAGGCCAGGCCAGACCCCGGCCAGGUUAGACCCCCGGCCAGGUUAGACCCCGGCCAGGUUGGAGCCAGGCCAGGUUAGACCCCGGCCAGGUUAGACCCCAGGCCAGGUUAGACCCCAGGCCAGGUUGGAGCCAGGCCAGGCCAGACCCCAGGCCAGGUUAGACCCCAGGCCAGGUUAGACCCCAGGCCAGGUUGGACCCCGGCCAGGUUAGACCCCGGCCAGGUUAGACCCCGGCCAGGUUAGACCCCGGCCAGGUUAGACUCCAGGCCAGGUUGGAGCCAGGCCAGGUUAGACCCCGGCCAGGUUAGACCCCAGGCCAGGUUGGAGCCAGGCCAGGUUAGACCCCAGGCCAGGUUGGAGCCAGGCCAGGUUAGACCCCAGGCCAGACUGGAGCCAGGCCAGAUCCCGGCCAGGUUAGACCCCAGGCCAGGUUAGACCCCAGGCCAGGUUGGAGCCAGGCCAGGUUGGAGCCAGGCCAGGUUGGAGCCAGGCCAGGUUAGACCCCAGGCCAGGUUGGAGCCAGGCCAGGUUAGACCCCGGCCAGGCUGCUGCCUCUGUCCUGUGUUUUGGCCUAGAACUUCAACCACCAAGAGACAUCUUCAUAUCUGGAACACCAGUGCAAUAACUAGAGUGGGAAAACUGAGACAGAAAAUAGAGAAAACAAAACUUAAUAUUCUCAACUUGUAUAUUAUUAUUUCUAAAAUAUUGUAGACUGAAUAUUCACAGUUAAAAUGAAGACUUUGUUCCCUUUUAAAAAUGUGUUAAUCUUUUUAUUUUCUAGAGCUGGGUUCUUUGUGUACAUUCUGAUAGCGCUCUUUCUUGUUGAGCGGUGGGCCUGUAGGAUGCUGUAGGUUGGCUGUUCACACAGAGGGAGGGAGUGUUCCAUGCCACGAUGACAUCACAUUCUAUAGGUUCCAUGUGUUCUCACGGUUGCCGUCAUUACCUCCUCCCUGUACAAAUAAAGUUUUGGGUGGUUGAAGCUCUGUUAUUGUUGAUAAUGACCAGUUGUAAAUGAACUGUAUUGUGUCUUUCUGACAGUGCUUCCCCUACUAACCUGG